AUGCCUUCCAUAUCCGGAGAUGGCUUUGACCUUCCCGUAUCGAAACGACAGAGAAUAGUUCAACCGCAAUUGCUGUCGCAAGAAAAGAAGGAAUCGCAAUCCCGAAUAUUUUCUCAUUUCAGGACUCUUGGCCUGGUCUCCCCAACUACAGUUCCGUUCACCUCGGUGCGUCUUGGAAAAUCAACAUAUCAAAUCACAACUUCAGUCGGAAGGGUACUCCAAACCUAUGACCUCAAGCGCGGUCUGAGCUUGGUGUUUGCCAGCCAACCUCGAACUCCCGGUUUGAUUACGGCGACAUAUGCUUGGAAGAAUUAUGUGUUCGCCGCUUGGGGAGGGCUACGUCCCGGAGAGGAAUCAGGAAUUUGGGUAUUUCAACGAGGAAAGAAGAUCGCUGAGCUGGAAAAUGCCCCGAACACCACCGGUACCGUCUCGCGAAUUCUCAUUUUUGGAUCCUGGAUUAUCGGCUGUUGCACAAGGAGUAUACAAGUAUGGAAGAAUCCGUCUUUCGAGCAUUUUACAACAUUAGUACCAGAAGUUUCAAGGGGCGCUUCAGACCUGCCAGUGUUCACAGGCCAUGUUUGUAACAUGCCUACAUAUCUGAACAAGAUUUUUGUUGGAAGAUACGAUGGUACCGUUGAGCUAUGGAAUGUUAGCAGUGGAAAGCUUUUGCACAGAUUUGCGCCUUCAACGGCCAAGGACGAUGCGGUCACUGCAAUAGAAGCAACCCCUGUCCUUUCACUCAUUGCUAUUGCUUACCGAAGUGGCACCGUCGUCCUUCGAAAUGUCGACUCCGACGAGGUACUCCUCUCCUUGAACGCAUCUACCUCAAAAUCAUACCCAAUAACUUCGAUAUCAUUCAGAACUGAUGGUAUGGGAGCUGGUGAAGAUGGUAGGAAGGCGGGAGUCAUGGCUACGGCAUCGAUGUACAGCGGUGACGUUACUUUAUGGGAUCUGAACAAAGGAGGCAAGAAGACGGGAGUGCUCAGAAGCGCGCAUGAUAUGACUGCUCAGAGCUCUGAUACUGGUGUCAAUAAGAUUGAGUUUUUGGACGGCCAGCCAGUCUUAGUUUCAUCUGGAAGAGACAAUGCUUUGAGAACGUGGAUAUUCGAUGAUUCGCCUUUCUCGCCAAUUCCGAGACCACUGCAUGCCAGAGGUGGUCAUGCUGCGGCGAUUUGUUCCCUUCGUUUCUUGCCUUCUGCUUCCGACGGUAGCGACUCUAUCGGCAAGUGGCUGCUAAGUGCAUCCAGAGAUCGUUCUUUCUGGGCCUUUAGUUUGCGCAAAGAUAGCCAAAAUGUUGAGCUUUCGCAGGGCAAAGUCAAGGCCACUGCUAAGAAACGAGGCAUAUCCAGCGCAGCAGAGGCGGCCGAGGAACUGAAAGCUCCCGAAAUCACAUCAAUCGCUUGCUCACUCAAUCGUGAUCCUGGAAUGGGGGCGAGUAGUCAGCAAGUCUGGACCAAUUCGAGGGAUAUCAAAAAGCAUCCACAGGGAGAAAAUGGGUGGGAAAGUGUUGUAACAGCACAUCGGGGUGACAAGUACGCACGCACUUGGUACUGGGGUAGGAAGAAGGCCGGUCGUUGGGCGCUCGAAACGAGUGAUGGAACAGAAGUCAAGAGCGUAGCAAUUUCCAAUUGCGGCACAUUUGCUGCCGUGGGCUCCGCGGGAGGUGUUAUCGACAUUUACAACCUACAGUCUGGGCAGCGUCGGCAACGGUUUCCGCCAUCUCCGUCAUCGAAGAACAAGUUUGGCAAGAUUGCAGUCUCAGGGCACACCAAGGCUGUCACUGGCCUUGCAAUCGACAACUUGAACCGAAAUGUUGUUAGCUGUGGAUUAGACGGGAAACUCAAGUUUUGGGAUUUGAACUCCGGGCAUCUUCUUGCAGAUUUAGAUUGGGCGCCUAUGACAGCCAUCACUGGACUACGUUUCAGCAGUAUCAAUGAACUUGCUGCGCUAAGCUGUGAUGACUUGUCCAUCCGUGUAGUAGAUUUGGAAACCAAGAAAGUUGUCCGAGAACUUUGGGGCUGCCGAGGACAAAUCAACGACUUUGUCUUCUCCAACGAUGGCAGGUGGAUCGUAGCCGCGUCUAUGGACUCUAUCAUAAGAGUCUGGGAUUUACCAACGGGUCAUUUAGUUGACGUCUUCCGAGUACCAACAACAUGCACCGCUCUUGCCUUUUCGGGUACAGGGGAAUACCUCGCCACUGCUCAUGCAGAUGAGGUCGGUGUGCACAUCUGGAACAACAAGAGUCUUUUUACCAACUUCAGACCUGUUCACAUUGACGAGACCGCGCUAGUAUCAAAUGUGACCUCUGUGACAUCGACUGAUACAGGAUCGGGCAUGGUUGAUGCUGCACUGAUCACCGAUGUGGAUGUUGAAGAUAAAGAUAAGACGACCAUAUCAUUCGAACAGCUUGACCGGGACAUGACAACAUUGAGUAUUGUUCCUCGAGCUGCCUGGCAAACACUGAUCAACCUAGACGUUGUCAGAGCUCGCAACAAACCUAAAGAACCGGCCAAAGCUCCCGAAAAGGCACCCUUUUUCCUACCAUCUCUUCAGGACGAUCAGUCCCUAACUCUUAAAGCUGGCAUUGAGGAGCAAAUAGAGACGGCACCAAUGCCGAUCUCCAGGAGCAUCCUAUCACAACAGGACUCGCUUGUCAGUAAACUGUUGAGAUCAGGCUCUAACAAUAAGAACUUCUCACCUUUCAUCGACUAUUUCAAGUCCCUAUCACCCGGAAAGACUGAUCUCGAAAUCCGCUCAUUGAACGUCCAGCUAUUCCCAGAUGGAUACUGCGAGCUCGUCAGCUUUGUGAACGCAUUGACGGAGAGACUUCGCUUAAAGAAAGAUUUCGAACUAGUCAACGCCUGGAUGGCUGUGCUCUUGAAAGUGCAUAGUGAUUUGAUAUGUGGUGAUGGUGACUUGUCGACUGCUGCGUCAGAUAAGGAUCUAGUAAGCGCUUUGCGUACUGCUUUGAUGGAUUGGAAGAAGGAGCAGGAGAGUGAGGCUAGACGUUUGUCUGAGUUGAUGGGAUACUGUCGUGGAAUUGUUGGGUUCCUCCGGUCAUCUCGAUAG